UGUAAUAAUACGAGUUGUUGUAGUUUACUCAUCGUCGAUAUAGAGGGAGAGAGAGAAAGAGAGAGAGAGAGAGAUAUACAUAUACAUAUACUUUUAGUGAGAGAAAGCGAGGAACACACGCAGAAGAGAGAGAAAGAGAGAGAGGUAGACCUUCCUUGGCCUGGCCUGAGGCUUCGGUGUCUCCGUCCCCACUCCUCCUUCUACCCUAAAAUGUGGCGGAUAAACUCUCGCUAACGUGCGCCGCUCUCCCUCCUGAAAGUGUCCGAUUCGCUCUCAGGGUCUACUGAAAUGAAAACUUAGGGUUGUAGUCAUCUUUGAGAUCACUGGUUGAGUAUUAGUGGUAUUGAUAUCUAUUUAAGUGUUGCAGUUGGAAUUUUGGAGUGAAAAUGGGUGGUAAUGGUGAGGAAGUUAAUACUGAUAUGAUCCACAGACUUCAAUCAUCUUUUGGGAAAUCAUCAUCUCCAGUUCUUCCUAAACAACAACAACCUGGUUCAAUGAACCAACUUGACAUACCCCAGCUGAAUACUUCGCAAUUUCAGAGUCAAAUGCGACAGUUCUCUCCAAAUUUUAGCUCCGAAAACACAAGCAAAAGGGCCGGCAUCCCACCUUCUCAUCCACAAAUGCCUCCCAUUUCGCCUUAUUCGCAGAUCCCGGUGUCCCGGCAGGUGAAUCAGCAGAUGGGUGUCCAGAAUUUUAGUAAUUCAAGCCCAGGGCCUUCUCACUCCCGAUCUCUAUCACAGCCUUCAUUUUUCUCUCUUGAUUCCUUGCCACCGUUAAGCCCCUCGCCAUAUCGGGAAUCCCCUUUGACAUCCCUUACUGACCACAUGUCUACUGAUGCUUCAAUGGGGGAACGGGAUGGCAAUUCACAUUCUCUAUUGCCGCCCUCUCCUUUCUCAAAGUGUAAUUCGAUGCGGGCAGGGGAGAGUCUUCCUCCUCGUAAGUCACACAGACGGUCUAACAGUGAUAUACCGUUUGGGUUCUCUAGUAUCCUGCAAUCCUCGCCCCCACUUGUCCCAUUAGGGAGUGCAGGUGCUUUAGAUAGGUCACUGCCUGGAAAAGAGAAUUCGGGUGGCAAGCCAGUGCAGCUGGUUAAACGGGAAACUAGUGUUGAUAAGGGCUGCGAGAGCAAUGCUGAAGGAAUGGGUGAGAGAAAAUCUGAAGGAGAAGUUGUUGAUGAUCUGUUUUCCGCCUAUAUGAAUUUGGAUACCAUAGAUGCAUUGAACUCUUCAGGUGCUGAUGAGAAGCUAGGCAGUGAAAACCAUGAAGAUUUAGAUAGUAGGGCUAGCGGUACAAAGACAAAUGGUGCUGAUAGCAGUGAUAAUGAAGCAACGAGCAGUGUUAAUGAAAGCGGAAAUAGUAUGCACAUGUCAGGAAUGCCUUCUUCAACUGAAAAGAGAGAAGGGGUUAAAAGGAAUGCAGGGGGAGAUAUUGCCCCAACCACCAGACACUAUAGGAGUGUUUCCAUGGACAGCUUUAUGGGAAAACUAAACUUCUCUGAUGAUUCACCAAAAUUGCCCCCGUCACCUGGAACUCGCCCUGGGAAUCUCUCCCCAACCAAUUCUCUAGAUUCAAAUUCAAACACAUUUAGUUUGGAGUUUGGGAACGGUGAAUUUAGUGGGGCUGAACUGAAAAAGAUCAUGGCGAAUGAGAAACUUGCUGAGAUUGCAUUAACAGAUCCAAAGCGUGCCAAAAGAAUUUUGGCCAACCGUCAAUCUGCUGCUCGUUCAAAGGAACGCAAGAUGAGGUACAUUGCAGAGUUGGAACAUAAGGUGCAAACAUUGCAGACUGAGGCUACAACAUUGUCUGCCCAACUUACACUUCUGCAGAGAGACUCUGCUGGGCUAACAAGCCAAAAUAAUGAGUUGAAGUUUCGCUUGCAAGCCAUGGAACAACAAGCUCAACUCCGUGAUGCUCUGAAUGAAGCAUUAACUGCGGAAGUCCAACGCCUGAAGAUAGCAACGGCUGAACUAAACGGAGAUGCCACCAAAUUCCAACAGCUUUCGAUCAAUCCUCAGAUGUUGCCGAUGCACCAACAUCAGUCUGCUCGAGUAAACAUGCAUCAGUUGCAGCAACAGCAACAGCAUCAACAAUCGUCCCAGUCUCAAUCUCAGGCUCAUGGUCAGCCUCAGCCUCAGCAUAACAAUACUGCAUCAGCAAAGCAUGAGUCGAAGUAAUAGCAGCUUUUGAUCGACGGCACACAAUUUGAUAAAGAAAAAGAAAAAAAAUCAAUGUGUGCCUAUGGCCCUGCAUUCUAUACUAGUAAUAUCCCAUUCAAUGCAUUCAUUCAUUAGUUUUGUGUUUGCAAGAAACAUGCCAAGGCAGCAUUUUACAUGAUGUACUACUCUUAAGCACUUUAAUUUCGGUUACUUGUCAUAUACAGGCUUUAAAUAUAGUAGGGAGUAUAUAUUGUUUACAUGAACUUAUGACAUUUGGAAAGGUGAACUCAGUUGUUCUGUCAACAGUAGUGGUUUUCAAAGCUCCUUUAUUUUUGUUGCUUGCUCUGUGAUGAACCAUUGUAUGUUUCGGAGGUCUUAAUAUUGAGGGUAGCAGAAACCUUAAUUGCCCCAAA